AUGGUCACACGACAGGUGCUACUGAUGCAGCUGGACCAAUUUUGGCAGCAGCACCUGAAGAACAUGGACUUCAUGAAGACGGGCGUGACACUACGUGCCUAUGGUCAAAAGAAUCCGCUCACCGAGUACAAGCUCGAGGGCUACCAGGUCUUCCUCAAGAUGAUGUCGAAGAUCAGGAGGAAUGCCUUGUACAACAUCUUCCUGUUCCAGCCCAGGAAGCUGACGCCCAUGACUCGCGACCGUGUGAAGUCGAUGAUCCCGAACCGUGAGACGCGUCGAAAGCAAAUGGAGGAGUUCAAGAAGACGGAUGCAUAUCAGCUGGAGAAGGAAGCUCGAGGCCUUGUCCAAGAGAAGGGCGCCGCGGCGCGCAGCAUGAAUCUGGCCAGGCUUUCGCUGAACAUUCGCCAAGUCCUUGAAGCCCGGGAAGGCUUGGGUGAGCUUGCAUUGGCAUCUUUCUCCGAGCUGAAGGAAACCUUCGCACGUGCCGGCCUUCUCAUGCUCGGAGAUCAGCUCAUGUGGGCGCAGGCUUGCAGCGAGUUUGAGCUGCUCGAGGACGAGCUCGAGGGUGAAAUUUACAUCGGCCUCGUUGGCCGUGCUGAGCCACAGAAGGCCCAGGCACCCACAGCGCCGAACGCACAGAGCGCAGAGGAGAUGGAGCUCUUCGAGGAGAGACAGCGUGAGGCUCAGAAGCUCUUCGAGGGUGCGCAACAAGAUCCGAACUUCAUGCAGACUCUGGCGGCCUUCGCCGACCGUCCUGAGCUCUUCCUGAAAGAGCUGAAGGCUGCCUCUCAAGAACAAGGCUGGACCCGGGAAGACGUGCAGAAGAUGAAGGAGACCUAUGCCAUGAUGGGAAUCAACGUCGAGAUCAUGCUCCAGGAGAUGAAGGCUUCGGCCGAGCAGCUGCCACCAGCUCAGAGAGAGCUUAUCGACUACAUGCAGCAGCUCCUGCAGGACCCAGAUGCCGUUCUGGCCGCUGCAAAGCAGGAGGCCGAAGUGGCAUCUGAGGAGAAGGUGGAUGCGUGA